GGCUUUCACAAGAACAUGCUCUCAGGGCAAUAUUGGUCGAAGAGAACUCUAGGUCAGGCGAAAGAUGUUGUUUCCUGUUUGCGCGUGGACCAACGUGCUUGACAGAUGGGACAAUGCACGAGUUCAGCAUGAACGAGCAUAACAAACCGACACGGGACGUACCAAAGGCUCUAGUCUUAUGUCGGAUCGGUGUCAUUGUUGGCCCCACUUUUGCAAGCACUUCCGCCAUUGUCGCCGCACAUUUCGUCCGAGCUUUGCAUUUUGGUAUUGUAAAGCACAAUAGCUUCAUUUCGACAAUUGAUUCGAGGAUACUGCAGUGGCUGGUAAGACAGUAUAUCAACAUCCAAGAUGUCUUCGGAGAACCCCAAACCUCUUCUCAACGCACCUCGCCAUCGACCACCCUCCAAACCUCACGAAAACACCCUUCGACGCUGGACGUCUGACAUAGCCAUCAUCACACGCUUCAACCCUCCACGAGUUGAACAACACAAAGAGCGCCGGACGUUCUCAGAUAUCGCCCCUAAUUCAAGACUCGC